AAAUGUCAGUGGCAUUCAUAUGUUAAUGUCAAUGUAGAAUAUUUCCGUAGAUUCUUUCAUCUUACGGUUUCAUAAUCAACUUUUAACCUUAUUGUGUAAAAUAAUUGCCUGAAUUGUUUUUACACUAAAGGAAAAAGGAAUCCUUUGUACGAUGGCUGGAUUAAUUAAGCUUCGUCACAUGCCUUUAAUGCAGAGAUGCGUUUGGAACCAUUUGAACGUAGUAAGCCGUAACAUUUCUACUUCGAAAAAGAACAGCGAUGCUGCUGCUGUUGCUUCUAACCCCAAGGAAGACAAGAACUGGGUGAGCUAUGGGUUUGAUUAUAAUAACAAAGAGGAAGAUACCAAUAUGCACCACGCAUCGUUCUUUUUUUCUGUUACAUUGUGUUUAGUCUUCGGAGGAUUUGCCUGGGCUUAUGCCCCCGAUACACAUCUAAGAGACUGGGCUCAGAGAGAAGCAUUUUUGGAACUGCGACGCCGUGAACAAGCAGGUCUUCCUCCAAUCGAUCCUAACUACAUCGAUCCAAAGUUAAUUAAUCUUCCCAAAGAUGAGGAAAUCUGCAAUCUUGAAACUAUUAUUUAAUUUGUGCGUACAGCAAUUAUUAUUUCAAUAUUAUUGUAGAUUGGUUCAGUAAAGUUUUUAGACCAUG